GGCGAAGCGAGAGCCGCAACUCAAAUACACAAAUAAUCGGCCUGCCAAUAAGACUGCCGUGCAGGAGGCUCAUAGGGAGCCUCAAGGGAUAAUCAGAAUGCGGUAUAUAAUAUAAACGAUGGUACCCUGUACUCGGUGAUCUUGUCGACUUCGUUCUGUCCAACUAUACUCUCAUUUUCUUCUCUUUGGCUUCACAGCCGUCCAUUCUUUUUAUCGGACACCGUCCGUCCACUCUUUCUAUCACACUCAUUAUAUAGAUAGCCCUCCGGCUAUCCCCUUUCUUCCAAACAUGAAGACUGCAUGGGCUACCGUGCUGCUGCAUGUUUUGCUUCAAGGACAGUCCAGCGUAGCGACAACGACACUCCACCCCAGCUCCGAUGUGACCUGCCGGACAAUCCCCCGAAACUUCCUCGUCAAUCCAUCUGUCGAGACUGGUGAUAUCAAUCCCUGGGGCCAAGUACCUAGCGAAAUCGGCUCAAUUUGCUCGUUACCGCUCGUCGUGAGCGACUCCUCGGAUGAUGGGAACUACGCCAUGAAGAUCGGCCCAGCCAUUGGCUACUGGGGAGCACAACAGACCGUGACGGGAUUGACAAUUGGCGCAGAAUAUACGUUGUCUUUCGACUACAAAUCCGUAUCUGGCAGAGCCGAAUUGUUCAUUGAAGAAGGCGGCCGUCUGCUGGCGAGUGCAGCCUCAGGACACUCGCCCAGGGCCCACUGGAAGACCAUCUCCGGUACUCUGACGGCGACCUCGAGCUCGCAUAAGAUGGUGAUCUUGAUCUGGUCCGAGGGAGGAAUUUUGGAAAUCGACAAUGCCAAGUUCAUUGGCCCGGAGCAGGAACGGGUUUGCUCGACUGGCCCCAUCGGCUCAACCAGUUCCUCCCCAGUUGCACCAUCCAGGACUCCUCCUGCCCACUCGCCAACCCAUUCUGGCCACCACGUGAGACCUCAUCAUCCUCACCAUCCUCAUCAUCCUCACCGGAGACCCUCGUCGACCCCAUUAGUAUCGAUCCACCCUUCGACGAUGGUCUCGUCGCAGAUUUCCUUCUCGAGCAUCCCCGUCUCUGUACCAAGCUCGGGGACUCCUUCCGUGACGCCUUCCGUGCUACCUACUUCAGCAGUGCCAUCUUCAGAAGUGCCCUCCCCGGCAGUUCCAUUGUCGACGCAAUCUCCAAUCAGCUCUAAGCCUAUCUCCAGGAGACCCAUCACCAAGACCCCGUCGCCCGGACUUCCUUCGGCCACUCUUUCAUCUGCGCCUCUACAGUCUUCUACCGGUCUCUCUUCGCCGAGCUCUUUGGUUCCACAGGCAUCUUCGCCAAUUUCCACGGUACCCGUGCCAAGUCUCACCACUUCCACAAUUUUCAGCACCAUUACCGCGACCAUUACCGCCUGUCCAUCAACGGUUCCUGAUUGCCCUGCUUCUGGAAAAACCACCUUUGUGACCACAGAAACCAUUGUCGUUGGUACCACCGUUUGCCCUGUCACCGAGACUUCUAACCCUACGGCCCCUCAGCCUACAGUCUCAGGUACUCAACCCAACGGUGCUUCCCCAGUUGCAUCCACUACGUCCACUGUCUUCAGCACUCGCACAGCCACAAUCACUGCAUGCCCAUCCAGCGUAGUAGAUUGCCCUGCGAGACAACAGAGCACAUAUGUCACUACCGAAACCAUUCUGGUUUCCACCACUGUGUGCCCUGUCGCAGAUUCGGAGGUCACCGCCACCGCUGGAGUUGGUUCGCAUCCCCACGGUUCGAAUGGAGAACCGCGUCCCAGCGUGUCCACUUCCACUGUGUUGACUACUCGGACGGCUACAGUGACUGCUUGCCCAUCAACGGUCACUAAUUGCCCUGCAUCAGCGAAGAGCAUCAUUGUCACUAUCGAGACACUGGUCCAGUCUACCGUGCUCGUCACGAUUGAGAUCAAGCCGACCGCCACAGGUGCCUUGACUUCUCUCCCGGCCGUGGCUACUAACGGAGCCUCUGGCUCAAGCAGUGGAUCUUAUGGCGAAAGCAAGGAGUCGUCUACUACCUCGACAGACCAGACUGGUUCAAGCAACAGCCCCGGAUCUGCCUCUUCCGGAAACAAUGCCAGCGGUGUCGCAGGUAUCCAGGCGGGAGCUUCGAGCUCAGCUACUACUUCCCACCGUGCAUCUUCCACCCCAGCCUCAGUCUUGGUAUCAAGUGUGCGUCCCAGCUCAACUACCACGGCUGCUUCCCAGAAGACUAGUGCAGCAAGUGGUGGUGUUACUACAUCGGAGCCAGCCUUCAACGGUUCGGGAUUGUCGGCAUUGAAGAUGAUUCCCGUCUUUAAUAUUCUGCUGCUCAUGGUUGCUUCAAUGUACUUCCUUUCUUAGAGGGGCAUCAAUCUUGAUGCCCUCUUGUUGAUGUCACAUCGACUUUUUCGAGGUCUCACUUCGAAGGUGUCUAUUGUUUUGUUCGACGUUGUAUAUAAUCACGAUUAUAAUUUUACAAUCUCAUGAGACGCAUAUUUAUACAUACCAAAUGCCUCUCAAACUCUUGAUUCCCAAA